AUGACAAUACCUCCCCUACCAUUCAAAGUAAAAACAACUGUCUCAUGGCCUGGUGAAGAGUCUGGUGACUUGGGGUUUCUUGAAAAUGAAUUGAUCCAGGUAUUUUCCAUAGUUGAUGAGAGUUGGUGGAGUGGGAAGCUACGUCGAAAUGGAGCUGAGGGGAUAUUUCCCCGAGAAUAUGUCUCUAUAAUGGAGGAAGAUAGUUCGAGAACCACUCCUCCUCCUACGUCGGGAUUGGGCACUCCUACUAAAAAGGGAAAGAUGAUGGGUGGCAGUACUAUGUCAGUUGAUCGGUUUCAAAAGCAACUCUCAUCAAACACCAUGAUGAAUUACAAAAUGGGUGAUGUGAACUCACCAACAUCACGAGGCUCGUAUGAUAGAAUGAACCAAAGUUCUGAUGGAAUUUCACCAUCAAUGGGAAAAAAAAACAAUUUUAUUCAUGCAUCAGCUUCGCAAGGAAGCUUCUCCACUGGUAAAUUAAGUCAAUAUCAACAACAAUUGCAACUUCAACGCGAUCGUGAUUUCGAAAUUGAAAAUUUUAAACGUAUGCAACAACAAUUGAAGCAGCAGCAGCAACAACUUGACAAUUACAAACUCUAUAAGUCAACUCUGGACUUGAAUCGAAAUAGCAUGAUGUCGGCACAGCGAGACAUGGUUCAUUCACAACCAUAUCCUCAAGGUGCAUCGCACAAGUCAAGCUCAUAUGCUGAUGUCAAGUCUGCCAACUUGGCUCAGAGACAACAAUAUAAAGAGAAGCUAGCGCAGCAGCAUCAGCAACAGCAACAGCAAGUGCAUUAUGGAAGUCAUUCAUCAUUGCCAUUGUCGCCUAAUGUUACAUCUCCAAGACAGAAUAAGAGCAAAGCGCCACGGGAGCAGGAGUUCAUCAACGAAUACGAAGAAAUUGCUCGGAAACGAGCUGAAUUGGAGUACGAGUUGCAAAAGUUAAAGCGUAAUGAUUUUCUGGUUAGGUCACAAGAUCAAAGAUAUCCAAUGCCAACCCCAAAAUACAAUACUUCUUCACCAAGAACUAAGGAGGAAUAUUCCAUUGACUCAUAUGACUCUGUCGAUGACAGACAACGGUACUCCCGUGAUGAUUUGAGUAAAAAAAUGUCAAGUUAUAUCACUGAUGAAGAAGAGGACAUGCAACGUGGCAAGCCUAGUAACCCAAUGAUGCUUAAUUAUGUCAACACUAAAAGCAAUGUGCAAAGACGGGUCGCUGGUGAUGAAUCUCCGCCACCUCCACCUCCACCAAAGCACUUGACCCCAAUGAAGUCACAAGUCGCAUCAUCACCAAGUGGGGCAUUAAACAAUGAGAUGGGCUCUAACUCACAAAUGAGAAUUCCGUUUGAUACUGAUGAUUUUCGUUCAUCAGGCCACCAAGACCUGGGAAUGGCAGUGGCGAAUAUCACUAAUGACGAUGACUAUUACCGCUUAUACAUGCAACAAGAAGAGUUGAAAAACUCUAUCAAAUCAUUACAAAGUGAUGUGAUGAACUUGUCUGAGUUGAGUGCAACAAGUGCCGGCUCAUUUAUGAGACAUAAAUACGAAAAAGAUUUACAACAAAGCCAAUCGCGUAUGAAGGGCAUGAAUAUCAAUGAGGAUAUUUAUGAUGCCACCAUGGUUGAGGAAGAAGAAGAAGAAGAAGAAGAAGAUUUGGACGAUUUACAUUAUACAGAGUCUAAAUCAGAUGUGAUGAAUGCCGUAUUUGAGGACAAAAGGAAAGGAAAUGGAAACAUUUUCAAAAAGUUAUUGAAACGAUCAACUCAAGAACAAUUAAAUCCAAUUGAACAAAGAUUACAACGACAAGAUGAGAUUGAUUUGGUUAGUUACAAGAUGGACAUCAAUAGAAUGAAUUCGUUAACCUCGAAAGAGAAACAAGGCCGGACUAAACGAGUAGUUAAAAGUGAGGCCAACUUGAUUGUUAAACCAUUGGACUACAUUACCGAAAUCAAUACGAAUGAAACAACGACUGCGGUUAGUCAAGAAAAUGGAGACUUUGUGACUGAUGAUAAUGAUGGUUUUAUUGAUUUAUCAUCGGUUCCAUAUUCCAAAAUUGAUGCGUUUAUUGGUAAUUACGACAUUCGGUACGAUUUGAAUGAAUUUAUAUCUGAUAUAUCAGUCAAGUUUCAUAGUUCAGAAUUGGCAAAGAUAAGGGGUGUGUUAUUACACUUGUGCAAAUUCCACAUAAUCGAAGAAGAGGAGGAACAAUCAGUAGGAGGAGAACGUUUGCCAUCAUCAUCGGUUAUUUCUCAAGUGAAACCCAAAUUGAAAGAAGUACAACUGAAGGGAGAAGCAUCAAUUUUCCAAAUCAACUACAUCUUUAAAAAAAUCCUUGAUGCAUUGAGAAUCCCAUGUGAGAUUGUUUUAGGAUUUUGGAAAAAACCCAAUGAAUUUUAUCACAAUGAGCAAUAUGUCAUCAAUCAUUGUUGGUUAUCGGUAUUAGUUGAAGACAAAUUCCGAUUAAUUGACUUGUUCAAUUUUAAAAACCCCACAGUUUGCAACUUACACGAGUGUUCCUAUAAUGAAUUUUAUUUUCUUGCUCAGCCAUUAAGUUUAGUGUCGACGCAUAUCCCAUCAAUAAUUGACUUACAGCAUGUGACACCUCCGAUCGAUCCUAGCAUUGCCUUCUAUUUACCCAGAACUUACUCGGGGUUUUAUGCCAAUGAGUUGUCGUUUUACAAUUUCAACAAUGCGUUAACUAGAUUGAAAGAUUUGGAGAUUUUCGAAUUGGAAUUGUAUGUUCCUGCUGAUGUUGAAUUGUUUACAUUAGUUAAAACAUCAAGAGUCACUACUAAUGAUUUAAGUUUAUGCCAAAUUAGAUGGGUUAAUCAUAAACGUAUGGCUAAAAUUAAGGCCAUCCUACCCAAGAAUGAAUCAAUUGGUGUAUUACAAAUCUUUGCUGGACCCAAGGGAUUACAAAAGCAUUUUGAUAAUAUUCACCAGUUAUCCAUCGUUGUUCCCUUAACACAUCAAGGUGCAACUAGACAAACCAAAUUUGUCCAACGCUUCCCCACAGUCCAAAGUCAAUUGAAUGAUUUGUAUAUUGUUAAACCACAAGCCAAUAAAUUGAUGGUUAAAAACACCUAUCUGUUUCAAAUUGAACAGUAUCCCAGCCAUGGGCUACGUCAUGCUGCUGCUGCUUUGGCUAUGAAGUCGACUACAUCACUGCCAGCCGACUUUAAGGUUGUGAUUGAGUCGCCGCUGGGAAAAUAUUUCAAAUUGACACGUGAUGAAGAUGAAGAGCGAGAGAAAGAAGAGGAGUAUGGUUGUGUUAGAGCCACUAACUCAAUUGCCAAACCAUUUGGAUUGUAUUCGUCAAAUAUCAAGUGCCUGGAACUAGGUGUUUAUCGGGGAUUAGUCAUUGGUGAUAAUGGUAAUAGCUGGUAUGUGUUUGCUCAAUGGGAAUGCGUUCAAAAGGUUUAG